AUGGAACAACGCAAGAAAGAUGAAAUACGAUCAUCAAAGCUAAUUUUAUUAUCAGCCAAGAUCCGGACGGCGUUCGCACAAGAUUACGAUGUCACGGAUAUCCAGUGCACAUUCGCAAGUACAGGCACCGGUCUUCGAGACUCCGUUACAGCUUUACUCCGAAAGCCUGAAGGCUUCCGAGGGGCGCCUCUCUUCGCCGACGACCGGGUCACCGAUCCCCUGGUAGACCCCAUCUGCCAGAUCAGGCCCGAGCCAGAAGACCCUACGGGCCUUCUCUACAGACUCCGCAUCACCGACUUCACAAGAUGCGGUGUUCUCAAACGGAACGGUUUCGUUCACGUGCGAGUGUGGUUCCCGCAGUUCCCGGGGGUGGUGAUGCAAUCAGACCAGGAGCUCAUCAUCAUGUGUAAGCCUCCCGAGCCCACGAUCAUCGAAAACAAGGCGGCGGGGUUCGCUGGGAGCUUCCCUCACGGCGCCCGCGUGUCCGGCGUGGUGGAGGAGACCCCAGGGCGGCUGGAGUACGAAGUGGCGCUGUACAAGGAAGCGCCGCCCGUGUCCAGGCACACCAACCACUCGGUCGACUUGCCAGUUGACCAGGCGGUACCAAUAGGCACGAAAUUGCAGCUGCGCGCGCGCAUAAACCCUGAUUCAGCGUGGCGCCACAUCAAGUUGCUGGAGGUGGCCGUGUCUCCGGAUCCUGAUCGUCCUCAUGCACCUGGUGCUGUACUUCUCGUCAAAGAUGGAUGCCGUAACCGAGAUUUCGCGUCCAUUAUUCCUCACCAACCAGCGAGGUACCGUGAAAGGCACAACGAGGUGUUUUUGGAUUUCGAAGCCUUCCUCCUGGCCUCCAUGAAGGAACGGUCCACCCUCUGGAUCCACUCGCAGAUCAAAGCAUGCAUGGACGCGGCGGACUGCCAGCCGGACUACUGCCUUGACUUGUUCGAACCAUCAGGUCACGGCCGUCGCCGGCGUUCCUUGUCUGACGUUAGCCACAACCCCAACAUCAGCAGCUCUGCCUUAACCGCGGACAACAAUACAACGCCCUACACCAGGUUCAAGGAGAACUUGGAGUAUACUGUAGUGAUGCCGGGAGAGCUGUUCCACCGGACGCCUCUGGAAGCCACGUGUGCAACCUCAAUGAUGAUUGCGGUGGCGCUAGGAUCUUUGCUCUUUAUGUCCGCAUUAUUGAUGUGUUACCUCGCGACAAAACUUAAUUCCACCAUGCUCAAAAACAACAACUUACAAACACCAGGCGGAAAAGGGUUUGAACAAAUCCUGCGGGAAUUAGCUCACCACUCCCUCCCAGAUACCGGAUACACAGGCCGGCCCACCGUACAAUGAUUAUUUUUAUAUGUAUGCUUUAUAGUAAUAAAAUGUUAAAUAAUUAGGUACAAAUACUAAGGUUCUCGUAAACUUCUUAAUUACUUAGGUAGUUUUAUUAUAGUGCACUUUGACAAAUAAGUACUUAUGUAAAAAAUAAUUACCUAAUUUAUUUUUAAUUAAGUAUUAUGUACCUAUUCCCUUUUCAUUGUUUUUCAUCACAAAAUAUUAAAACGUAAGUAGGUGGUAUUAUUAUCCUCGGAAAAAUUUGGAAUAAAUUGGGAACAUAUCUACAUAAAUAACGCCCCUUUCCCGGAGGGGUUGGCAGACACUACAUCUUUCCACUUGCCACGAUCCUUGCAUACUUAUUUCGCUUCAUCCACAUUCAUAACUCUCUUCAUGCAAGCUCGUCGGUUUGGUUACUCUUGACCAAACCUUUAGCUAGAAAAUCUCCGAUUUGAUCAAGGUACGUUCGUCUAGGCCUUCCCAAACCAACUGUUCCAUUCAUACUUCCUUUGUAUAUUGCAAAUAUAUCUACCUAGAUACUUUUGUUUUAGGUACUCAUAGGUAAGUAUACCAAUGAUUCCAAACUACAUAUUAGUUACCUACGUUAGUUUAAACGGUAACUCUGAACACUUAGGUACGUAGGUACCUACCUGUAUUUAUUAGAGCUAAUAGAAACAUUUCCAAAUUUCUGAUAUUAAGUUUAGUUACAGCCACUCUGAAACACGAAACAGCUCGUUAUUGACUUCAUCGGUGUUCUAACAAAAUAAUUCAGCUUAAAGGCAAGACCGUGCCCACGUUACCAAUACCUACGUCUACAAACAGAUUUUGCACUACGCUGCUUUUCCCUUUUUUUUAGAUAAAUUUAUUAAAAUCAAAGAUAGUUAAGACUAUUUACUUAAAUGUAUCUAUUGUUUGAAGUAGAUUCCUACCUAGAAAGUAUAAAGUUAUUAAAUGUAAACCUAAAAUUGUGGUAAAAUACAUUAAUAAAAUAUGUAUUAUCAAUUUACAUCGAUUAUAAAGGUAUGUUAUUUAUUUUACUUAUUGAUUAAUUAUUUAUUUAAAAUUAUUAUGUAAGUACUUAUGACUGAAAAUUCCAAAGUUGUAUGACUUCAUGUAAGAUAACUUAACUUUUUCAGUCAUGACUAUUAUAAAUACUAUAAGAUGAAAAUAGUCUGAAAAUAAAUUGUAAGUAUAAACUCUUACACAUAUCUUGAA